CUGGACAGAACGCCAUUACACUGGGCAUGCGCGAAAGGGCACCUGGCGAUUGUAGAAUUAUUGGUGGAAAUGGGUGCUGACUUGGAAGCGAAAGACAAGUAUGGCAUGAGACCAGUAUUAUGGGCGGCACUGUACGGACAUAUUGAUAUUGUAAGAUAUCUAGUUAACACCGGCGCCACGGCUACGUGUACCAAUAGGCAAGGACUUGGCAUACUGCACUGUGCUACACAAGGCAAUCAUCUGCAUGUUAUGAACUUCAUCUUUGAAUCUCUAGAAAAUAUUGACAUUAACUGCACAGAGAAAAAUGACAAGACGGCACUACAUAUCGCUGCGGAAGAAGGUCAUUUACAUGCGGUUAUGAGGCUAAUAGACUUGCGCUGUGAUAUCAAUAAACGAGAUGUUGACUGUUGUUCAGCCUUACAUUUGGCGGCUAAGAACGGUCAUCACGAGGUGGUCAAACGUCUGCUCAUGGUGGGCGUUAACGUCGAUGACAGGGAAGGGGAGGGAAGAACGGCAUUACACCUAGCAGCUGAAGCCGGCCAUUUUGAAACAGUCGAGGUGUUAGCAGAUUUUAAUGCAGGCCCUAAUGCCGAGACUAUAAAAGAGAUAACACCUCUGCAUUGUGCUGCGAGUAAAGGUCAUACAGAAGUUUGUAUGAGAUUAAUUGAACUUGGUGCUAACAUCAACUCUCAAAAUCAUCAAGGUAACACAGCAUUACAUCUAGCAGUGAUGGGUAACUUUCAUGAUCUCACUCAGGCUCUUGUUGAUGCCAAAGCUGAGAUAGACCUUCCUAACCUGCGGUUACAGACGCCAUUACAUGUAGCUGUUGAAAAUGGCUUCCAAGAUGUCGUAGAAGUUUUAUUAGUAGGGAACGCUAGUCUAAGUGCGCGGGAAAAGUCUGGUAAGACGGCCCUCCACCUGGCGGCACGCGGAAGUUUUGUCACAAUUGUAGAUAUGAUCAUUAAAGCGGAACGAUAUUUCUCCUUAAACAGGGAAUACCACGAAAAUGAUUUAGACUACGUCGACCCGCAAAGGUACUUACGGCAACCAAAUCACCCCUCGUGGCCUCAAAUGAAAGAAGUCAUGUGGACUCUAGCAACAAAACAUUUCAAACCGAGUGAUUGGAAGAGACUGGCAAUGUACUGGAAGUUCACACCUGAUCAUAUAAGAUGUAUUGAACACCAGUAUACAGGUACAUCUAGUCACAAGGAACACGGGUAUCGUUUGUUAAUGAUCUGGUUACACGGAAUACGGAAAGAUGAAAAUGUGACAAAAUUAUUGUUCGAGGGACUUGUUGCCAUAGACCGACGUGCAUUAGCAGAGCAAAUACGGCGUCAAUCUAAUUGUGAGCCGGAGAAACCGUGUAUACAAAUGUUAUGUGGUAUCAUCUGACGGCGGUUUUAUCCGACAUUGGACGAAGUGCCGGUGUAAACACCACAACGACCGGAGAGACUCGGCGCUGAUAGACGCUUUAUGUCACAAAACCAAUCCGUGUCCCUUUUGGAGGGAAAAUGAAGAUGGACGCUUUGGAACGCUUUGCCUAUUAUUAAAAGCUUUGUCAAACAAAAGCAUUUACAAAUAUGUACAAAAGGUGCUUACGAGGAAAUGACCUUGGCGCUGGAGGGUCAAACUGUGUGAUAUCCGACUAUAUAUCAAAGACGCAGAGGGAGGUUUUUGUAUUGAGACUUUAGUUUCAAAAACAGCAUUAUAUUUUGUACAAGAAUUUUAGACGUUCUUGUUUUUACGUUUGCUGGAUUUAUAUUAUCCAAGCCUGGUACCAGUUUGUUGCGGAUAUAUAAAAAUAUACUAAAAAAAUGGGACCCAGUAUGCGUCUAGCACAUAAUGUGAAAUAAGUGCCGAGUUUGUUGAUAUUAAGGGGAUAGGAGAAUAUUAGCUAUGAAUUAUUUGAAAUAUGGACAAUAUUUGUCCGCUGUUUGGAAGAACAUCUGGCUUUAUUGUGUUCACAGAAUAUGACAUUGUUAUCAUAUUGUAAUUUUUGUAUAAAAUACAAAACAAUAUCCAUUUAAAACUUAUCUUAAAAUAUUUCCAUGCAUUUAACUACAUGUCUAAAACAUGUAAAAAGUCCGUAUACAUAUAUCUAACUAACCACUGUCAGAACUUUCAUAUGUAUCUUUUAAUGUUUUUGUUUAAAAUCCACAACUGUACAGUUUCAUUAUUAAUGUACUGGGGCAGUGAAAAUUUAAGCGGAUUUUGACAACAUUAAAACUGAAAAAGGAGCAACAACACAUUGCGCCUAUAUUUCAAAGCGGAUUAAUCUACAAUGGGCACAUUUUCCAAAUUUUUAUAGUUAUUUCAAAUGUUAAUCUAAACAAUGGAAAUGUACCACUUGGAUAUUCUUAUAAAACAUUUCUUGAGAUAAAAAUGUCUAUAGAAGAAGAAAAUUAUAUUAUCUGGUUAUAUAAAUAUGAGUAAUAUGGGAUCAGGCAUCCAACACUUGCCAACAAUAUCAUGUAUAAUUCUUUUGUGAAAUUUUGUCAUAUGUAUGAUCUAUUUAAAGAAACAUUCAAGAUUUUGGAUAAUGUACGUUUGAUUUGAAUAUGAAAUAUAUGAAAUGAGAAAGUGGGGUGGGGGUAUUGCGCUAGUAUUGCCGGUGAAAUUUAAAAUAAAAAUGAAAUCAAAUGUUUCAUGUUAAUGAUAAGUUAAUUUUUUUUUUUUAAUUUUUUAAGUUUCCAAAAUGAAAAAUAUACAUGUGAAUGGUACAUAUUAUACACACUGCUCAAUUUGAAUUAAUAUCGGAGAAAUAAGGGGAGGUAAUACUGAUGAAUCUUCUAUUAUUAAUGAAUUAUUUGAAAUGUCUAGGAUAAAUGUCAAACAAAAAUAAUGUAAUUUUAACAUAUCUGUAAAAAGUGACAAAACAAAAUGAUCGCUAAAUAAGCAAACAAAACUACUACAUGUAUAUGCGGAUUUGUACACAAUUUUCAUGCAGGAUACCGUUAUAAUCCUAACCACCCUUAAUAUAAAAAUGCAAAAAGGGGACAGUGCAGACAAGAAUCAGACGGCACAGAUAUGCCAACCGACCUUGGUCUGCACUGAUUGACCUUGCUCUGCACUGGCUGACCUUGGUCUGCACUGAUUGACCUUGCUCUGCACUGGUUGACCUUGGUCACGGCAGAUUCACUCACCGCAAGCAGGCUAAAUGAUAAACAAUAGAAAAAAACAAGAUCCUAACGGAAAUCCUGCUUGGUAAACACCAAAGGGCAAAGACAACAUAAUAAAAUACAAGAAACAAUUUAGUUUAAAUGAAAGGGGGGGGUAAAUUGAAUACAAUAUCUUUGUUUAUUUAUCAACUAAAUUGAAAUAACGAGAGCCAUAUAUUUUAUAUAUUAUAAGGAAAAAUAAGCAUUUCCCUAUUAUAGAUUUCAGUUGCAAAAUGUAACAAGACCAAGUACAAGUUUUGCAUAAAAAACAGAGGUCGUACUGAACACACAGUGCCCGAAAGUAAGGAUGGACCCUCAUUAAGCAAAGAAUACACACACGCGCGCAUUAAAAUUAGCUAGGAAAUAAAUAAAACGUGCAGAAAACAAUUUAGUAAACGCCUUAAUUAUCAUGUCUAACCGAUAUUAAUACCAAAAAUAGUCCCUAUAUAGCACAAGAAAAGCUAUAUUGGCUAGGGCCUAUUUUUGGUCGUACUCUCAGUGGCUGGUAAGGGCGGAUGGGCCCUCAUUAAGCAUAGAACACACAAACAUAACAUGGUGCAAUUGUUUAUAAAGGUUUUUUGAUAGAAUUUCAAGUUUUUAUAAAAAUACAAAGCAGAAAGGAGGAAUAUUUAGUUUCUUUUAUCGAAAAAAAUAGGCUAAAUUCCGCAAGGUGGCUGUAUUUAUGGUUCAUAUAAACUUAAUACCUAUUUCUUCUGUACAGAUAAUGUUUAAUUGAUUUAUCAAGAUAACAUUUAGCUAUAUUGAAUGUGAAAAUUACAGAUUAAUUUUGUCGUUUGUUAACUUCUUCUUAUUGUUUUUGUUCAUUAUUUAAUUACCUGUUUUUGAAUGUGGAGUAUAUUAUUGUGUACAGUUUUUUAUAUUUAUAUUUUUCAUCUUCAAAAAAUAAUAAAAUCAAAUAUUCAUGAA